ACCCAGGAAUUAGAAAGGAGUCCAGGAACUCCACAAACUCAUAACAAUUCCUUUAAUGAGAAAAUAAAUUUCAUGAAAUGUUAUUGCAGGCGUUCCUCAUUCCUGAUGCCUGGCUCCAAGCCAUCCUCCAGUCCACCUCCCCAUACUCUACCACAGCCCACUCCAAGAAGAGGUGCCCAGAUCCGGCCAACAGUGUUGACUUGUGCUGCACCACGCAAGCAAGAAGUCACUCACACGGAUGGCAGUGAACUGCCCCUUGUCUUCCUGCCCCUUUCUGGGUCAUUACUACCCCAGGGAGCCCAUUCAGCAAGUUCAGGCCCUGCCCCACCCCACAGGAACAACACUGAGAAACGGGACUGGGCUCAGUUCCCAGCCCCCCCUUCACCCCAUCCCAGAGAGAGGUCCCCUGGGAAAAGAACACCUAUCGACAACACCCCUUACUUUCACAGCCAUGAGGAAAGUGUCAUGUGCAGAAUAAGCAGAGAGUGGCUUGUGCAAGAAGAAUUGGUGAACAAAUUAGCUUUGCAGCUGGCACAAGAGAAGCAGAAACUGUUAGUCAUGCGGGCAAAGUUGGCACCUGCCUUCCCUUCACAGCAUCCAGAUGCACCAGCGCCAAUCACUUCAUGCCAGUCUGAAAGGCCAAGGAAUGAGUUUGAGGGUUUGGAAUGCCACGGAGCCCAGCUCUGUGCAGGUGAGAAGUGUUGGUGGAGAAUAGAGGCCAGAUUGGCCUCUCAAGCAGAUGAUUUGGAACCAGAAAUCUCCAACAAAGAAUUGCUCCUACUAACGCCCCCAGCCUCAUUUCUGUCUACAGAGAGAAGCCCCAGCAUAGAAUAUUACUGCCACACUCUCAACCGCCCACCUUUCACGUACGCUGCCCUUAUUCGUUGGGCCAUCUUACAAUCUCCUAAGAAGCAGCUCAACCUGAGUGAGAUUUAUCGCUGGUUUAACAACUUUGGCUACUUCAGGCACAACGUAACUACCUGGAAGAAUGCCAUUCGACACAACCUGAGCUUGCACAAGUGCUUUGUGCGUGUGGAGAAUGUGAAAGGAGCAGUGUGGACGGUGGACGAGUUUGAGUACCAGAAGAAAAGGAACCAGCGUUACUCCACUUAUUCACACCCAUAUCUGGACAGCCAAGGAGCAGCAGGGUCUUCCGCAACCCAGGAGAGAUUGGGCCAGCCAAGAACAGAAAGGCGCAUCCACCACAGGCUGGAGUUCUCUCCGCACUUUUUGUUUCCUCAGGGACCAUGAGCUGAAGGAUCGCAGUUCACACUUUCCCCUGCAGAAGGCCUGGCAGCGAGAGAGUGUG